CACAGGUGGAAGCUCAGUUGUCGAUCGACACGUGACCAACUUCCAUCUCCGCUUUUCAUUCCGGCAGCUCCCCUCGAAAAAGUCGAAACAAACUAUUUGUUUUGUUUUUUUUUGUAACCGAAUCUCAACUCUGAAAAUCAAACGAAUCAAAUUCCCAGCAAUUCCAAUCGAUAUUCCCAUUUCCAAACCCCCAAAAAAUCCUUCCUCUUCCGGGAGGGUGGCUUUUUAUUUGUUAAAUUCUGUUCACAAAUUUUCCGAUUUGAUUUCGAUUCGAAAAAAAAAAAUAAUAAUAGAAUUUUCGACAGUGUUGCCCGUGUGAGUUGUGUGUGCUCUCAUCUUCCAAUUCCGUUUUGUCGUGAACGCGUCGCCCUAAUUUUUCCGAGCCAGAAAAAUUAUUACGAGACAUCGAGAAGGGGCCGAUCGUCUUUUGAAAAAAAAAAAACAAAAUAAAAAGAAACCGGAAGAAAUGGAUCAUAUGACACUGUCGUCGUCCAAAUAGUCUGACACGUUCCUUUUUCUUCCUUCUUCUUCCAGCAGCAAAAAAUACCACCCCUCCAACCAUCCGUUUUCCGGUGUUUGUUUUGACCGUGUCUACAUUUUUUUUUUCUUGUGUGCAUCGGUGCGGGACGUGAUUUCUGGGUCUGUCAAAUGGACCCAUGGACUUUUUGAGUGACCCAAAACAGCCAACUUGCCAACAACUCUUGUGAUUUAGACUUUAAAACACCCUCAAAAGUCAAUUGGUAAAACUUUUUUUUUUUUUAAAUUGGCGAGAAAAAUCACUGGCCAAUCCAAAAUCCGCGCCGAAUUUGAAAAAAUUUAAAAAUCCACGAAAUAUCAAAGAAGAAGGAAAAACGAAGAAGGUGAAGACGACAAAAGUGCGACGACGAAGAUGAUGACCAAGUCCCGGUGGAUGAUGGCGGCAGGUCAGCGGCGGCCAUUGAAGCCGCUGCUGUUCGUGCUGCCUCUGCUGGUUCUCUGGUUGUCCGUGUUGCCCGACUGCGCCCUGGCCGCCAAACGGAGCAACAUGAACGCAGCGGGAGCUCAUCACGGAGGAACCGGAGGAGUAGGAGGAGUAGGAGGAUCGGCCGCUGGUGGCGGAGCAUCGUCCAAUCGGCCGAGAGCCGCCACCACAAAGACGACAACGACAACAACGACGACGACACCAUCCAGCAUCACGCCGGAUGAUUGGAGGGAUCCGUACGUGUACAGCCUGUUCGAGAUCACCCUGUCGGCCAUCGAUUCCAAACUGCGACGGGUCGACAGCCUGGAACGCAACAUGGAAAUGAUGCUGGCCAAAUUGAGCGAGAACACGGCCCGCUCCGACGCCAUUCUGACUCAACUCAAAGUCAUGGACGGCCGAAUCAACCGGCUGUCGCCCGGAUCAUCGGCUGGCACCGCUUCCGGUGGCGCCACUGCAACAGGUGGUGGAGGAGGCAGCGCUGGAACCUCGUCCGGCUCGUCGUCUAGCGAUCGCGAGUACAGCCUGGAGCCGCGCAUCCUGGCCCUGGAUGAAAAGGUCAGCCAGAUCGGCUCCAAGCUCAACGUCCUGACCUACCAGUUGGACUCCAACAGCCUCUUGUGGGCCGGACUGGCCAAUUACAACGAGACGGGCAGGGCCGGCUCGGACGACUACGUUUCGUCCAGCAGCGAGCAGGCCCGGGCCUACAUUUCGGUGCCGCAAAUCCGCGGGGACAAACUGAUCGACCGGAGGGGAUCCGACUGGAGCGCCAACGGCGAAGACACUCCGGAAUCCAUCCGCACGACCAUGGCCAGCAUGGACCGGCACCUCAAGAUCCUGAUCGAGCUCUUCUCCGAGCAGAUGGACAAGAUGAUGAGCGCCGUGGCCGACGUCCGCACGGCCGUCAUCAGCUCCAGCCCCGCCGAUCCUUCGUCGUCGCUCCUUCUGACCGCCUCCUCCUCCGCCGCCGAGUCCCCGGUUCUCCUGUCCAGCGGCCGCUCCUCGUCGUCGGCCGUCAGCAACGCCAAACUCGACCAGCUCUACCAGAAAAUGGCGCCACUGCUGGACGUCUCCGAGAAGAUGGAUCAGGUGUGGAACGUUUUGAUCGGCGCCAAAAGUUCCGUCGACUCGCUGGUGCCCACCUCCGAGGCGCUCCUGUGGCAGACGCAGCGCCAGGAGCGGGCCCUGACCGACAUCCACGCCGAAUUGAACAUUAAGACCAAGCAGAUCAUCGACAAUUUGAAUCUGCUCCAGCUGGGCAGAGAGCCGAGCCAACAACAGGGAGCCGUGCCGGGCAUUUCCAGCAGCACCAGCACCUCCAGUACCUCCAGCACGACCAGCACCAGCACUCGGAGCACGGCUGGCACCAGCGGCGGAGGUGCCAGUUCGGCAGCAGGAGCCCCGAGCAAUUUGACCAAACGAUCCAAGAGCGACGCUCACGACGCCGGCCUCAUCCUGGCCAACAAGCCGCAGGAAUCGCAACAGGUGUCGGUCACGUUCAAGCAGACGGAAAUCCCAACUAGCCGCGGGGUGGUCGGGUCUGGAGGCGUCGGAACCGCCGCCCAAUCACUCAUCCGAGCCCAGGAACUCUCGCCAGGGCCGGUGGUGGCGGCCGUUUUGGCAGCCGCCAAAUCGUCGACGACGACGACGCCCCUGCCGCAUUUACUUCCGCUUCCACCGCCCGAGGUGGUUCCCAUUCCUUCCGACAUUAUGGACAGCGAAUUCCUGCACGACGACCCGAUCGUCGUCCUGACGGCCAACCAAACGUCGGCCGGCCUUAGUUCCUCGUCGUCGGGCGGUUCGGCCAAAUCGGGCGAAGGCAAAAAAGCCCAGUCGUCGCAGCCGUCGACAGCGUCCGUUUCGGCGGCGGCGGCGGCUGUCAUCGCCGCCGCGGCGACGGCCAACAUCUCGUCGACGACGAGCCGCUCGGUUCUGCUGCAGCACAUCGUUCCGGCCGGCCCUACCGAGCGCUCGCGCAUCCCAAACAACUCCAACGUCAUCUUCCCGUCGGUCAAGAACAAGCCGGGCUUCACCAACACGACAUUCUUCUACGACUACACAACUCCGCAAAACAUUCGGGGCUACUCGUGCGCUGAAUUGAAGGAGCAAGGACUGACCAAAUCGGGCAUCUAUUACCUACUCAUCCGCGGCACCAGCUUCUGGUACAUCAAGGUCUACUGCGACAUGGAGGCUGCCAAUGGCGGUUGGACGGUGAUUCAAAGGAGAGACGAUUACGGCGGAGACAACCGAGAGAAUUUCAACCGAGACUGGGACGAUUACAAGAGCGGAUUCGGCGAUCCCGAUCACGAAUUCUGGCUGGGAAAUGAAAACAUUUACAUGCUGACCAACGCUGAAGAUUAUUCGCUGCGAGUCGAACUGGAGGAUUUCGAAGGCAACAAAAGAUACGCCGAAUAUUCAAGUUUCAAAUUGUAUUCGGAACGGGAACAGUACAAAUUGGAGAUUGGCGGAUAUACGGGCAACGCCGGAGACUCGCUCAACGAUCCUUGGUACGGCUCCAACUUGAGUCCCUUCUCCACGUACAAUCGGGACAACGACCGAUCCAGCCUCAACUGCGCCUCAAUGCUCAAGGGCGGCUGGUGGUGGAAAUCGUGCGGACGAGGACUCAACGGCAUCUACCUGACGGACCCUCAAGAUCUGACAGCCAGACAAGGGAUCGUCUGGUUCCGCUGGCGCGGAUGGGAUUACACCCUCAAACGGGCCACGAUGAUGAUCCGACCGCGACACUAUGGCAAAGAGCCGUCGACCAACAAUCCUCAAGACAAACCUACAGCGGCGGCAUAAUUGUCGCACGCCCGACCGAGAUUUAUUUGAUUAAAAAAAAAGAAAAUGGAAUCCAUCACAGAUCUGAAACCCCCCAGACACUCCCACCCACUUCACAACUCGAAAUUACAGUAAAUGAAACCACACGCGUUUUAUUCCGUCAACCAGUCAUUUUUUGGUUCUUCUCAAUACCAAAAAAAAAAAAACCUUUUUAGUUCCACACCACUCAAUUCAAAUUCCCCUUCAACAAUCCACCGCCAGAGUAGCAGUAUUAGUUGAUACACACAGCCAUUUUUCAAACUCAAACCAACAAGAAAAACUGAUCAAGAUGACGAAAAAGAAUCGCGAUCACGAUAAACCCAUAGCGAUAUUCCGUUUCUCUAGUGAACUCCCUUUCCCCUGUUUCAGCCACAGCUUUGUGAAAAGUGGUUAACUCGUUCAACACAUCGAGGCUAAAGUUUCAAAAACAAAAAAAAACCCAAAAGAACAAAAUCUUAAAAAAUAACACCCGUACAUAUUAGACAUAUACACAACGCCCCCCCCAAAAUGUCCAGAAUGGACAGUAAUCACGCUCCUUCUGGAGGAACUUAUCGUGUAAAUACCUAUUAUUUUUAAAUAAUAUUUUUCUCCGAAUCCUUCCCCUCUCCUCCUUACUGCCCAAAAUACCGAAAAAUGUUGUACACCUCCUCCCACCACCCCCCCUCAACACAAUCACACACUGCCCUCCAACUUGCAGUUUAUAGAAGAAAGAAAGAAGCCCACGAUAUUAUUUUUUUCGAAUUUUUUGAAACCAAUUUUCUAAUCUGUUCGUUUGUUCAUGUUUUUUCUCUCAAAGUGAAAGAAAUUCCCAUCUCUGAAAAGCAAAAAUGAUAAUUAUUACUUUUUCAAAUGCUGUCAACGACACACACCCCCAUUCUUUCCGUUUCUCUCUCUCCGGUUUGUCUUAUAUUUCCAUUCUUUCCAUUUUGUGUUUUGACAAUUCGCCCUAUCCAGAUUUUUUAGUUUGAUUCCACGAUUUUUCUCUUCCUUAUUUAGUAUGAAAAAGCCAUGUAAAAUGAGGUCUCUGUCUGUUUUUUUUUUUCUUCAAAAGUCUUCCCAUUUUUUUUUACUCCAUUCCAUUCGUGCAAAACAACAACAACAAAAAAUCCUGUAGCUGUUUAGUUCCACGGUAGAACGAAAACCUUCUUCCGUCCACAUUCUCAUCUCUGUCCAAAUUUUCUCCUUCCUAUCUCUCCCCCUAUACCAAACGGGUGUUUGAAAUCAUGUGCUGGGCACUUUUUUUUGUGGAAUCUUCCAGUUGAUAUAUAAUAAACAUUAUAAUCUC